UUCAGUUGGAAACAAAUAUGAACGGUGGAGUUGGUGGUGCCUAUGGUGCGGGAAAAGCGGGGUCUGGUUCAGAUCCUAUAUCAAUUUUAACGAAACCUCAUGUGAUUUUAAGACUUUUGUGUUGGGUUUUUUCUAUAGUUGUUUUCGGGUGCAUAGGCUCUGAAGGAUGGAUGAAAGACAAGUGUCUAUACAACAACGACAUAAAUGCUUGCAAUUUUGGAACAGGAAUUGGCGUGAUUGCCUUUUUAGGAAGUUUGGCACUUUUAGUGACAGAUAUUAUGUUUAACAGUAUCUCCAGUAUCAAGGUUCGUAGGCGAGCUGUAAUUGCAGACAUUGCAUUUUCAGCUGCUAUGGCUUUCUUUUGGUUUGUAACAUUUUGUUACUUAAGUGAUUCUUGGAGAAAAGCCCCUUAUCCCAAGCAUGGAUAUGGUGUAAACAACUUGAGGGGUGCUAUUGCCUUCAGUUUCUUUUCAAUUUUUGUCUGGGCUGGUUGCAUAUUUUUUGCUUUCACUCGUUAUCGCCAGGGUGCAGAUACUGCAUUCAUGACCAGUGGUUUUGAAGGAGAUGCAAGUAUGCCUGGUGGUGCCCCUUACACCAGUUAUCCUGAUGGACCGGAAAUGAAUGAGGGUUACCAAGAGCCUCCUUUCUCCUCAAACCAAAAAGAUAUGGCCCCAGGUGGGCCUGGUUUCCAACAGCCAGCUUAUUAAUGUGCAUUCCAUCGCUAAUACAUAUAAUCUACUCGUUGAGUCGUUUGUAGGUGAAAGAGGGAUUAGAGAGCUCCACAUGUUUAUGUACAAUGAUGUGCAUUGUUCCAUUACUACUACUGUACUCCUUGAGCGGUGAUAAAAAGUUUUUUGAGUCCUUUUUGAAAAUGUGGGUGUUAGCAUGCUGGGUUGCCCAAUGAUUUAGAAAGGAAAGAUAGUUCAAUUCUUGAUCUGUUUUGACACUUGUGUGCAGAGCAGGCAAAUGAGAUUUUUUAUAAGGUUUGAUCAAAACUUUUUUUUAUUUUUAUUGAUGAGCAUGCUUACAUAUGUAUGCUUAGGGCAGUGGCAUAGCUACAUUUAAAGUUCUGUUUUGAACAGAUGAGAAUUUCAGAAUUAAUAAUGCAAGUACCUUAAACUGUUAAAUUGAAACAUUUUAUACUAAGUCUCAAACAGUCAGUGGUUUAGCAGUAAAUAAUAUUGAUUCAUAUUCAUCAGUUAAGUGCACUUUGAUUUGCUUUCAAUGAAAUUAUUUGUAGUUGAUCUAUUUCAGGCUAACUCCUUCCUUUUUUAAGUUUAUUAAUAUUUUUGAUUAUGUUAAAUGUAUUCAUUGAACUCAUUGCUUUGUUAAUCAGUAUUACUUAUUUUGAGAUAUUUAUAGUAAAAAAUAUCCUGCUAAAAGGUAUUUCAAGAAUAUUAGAAGAAGAGAGGAAAAGAAUGAUAAUUUUAAAGGGAAUUAAACCCUGCAACAAUAUGAUUUUGAAUCCUAAGAAUAAAAAAAUCAAGUAAUCAUUUUCUUUUGACAUUUGGUGUCUUAUUUUUUUAUGUACAAAAUUGUUCCUUUUUUGGCAUAUUGAGAGAAAUUUGAUGAGUACAAUGAUGAUUUUAAUUAUUAUUUUUUAAAUUAAAAGCUUUUGUGACUUUUUAUACUGAUUAAAAAACUGUUUAAAAAGUAGCUAUGCUUCUGUGUGUCUGUAUAGGUGUAUGUUUAUGCGAUCAUACUCCUUACACAACUUAUUCAAAUGAUUAACAGGGCAACCAUUACUUACACUGAUGAAAUCCUUUCUAAAAGGAUAUAUAGAGCUUCAAAACAUCACUCAUUUCUGUAUCAUUUCUGUCUUCUGCCUAGAUUCAUUUUUUAAAUACUUUUAAGUUGUUAAAUCAUAUUGCAUUUUAUUUAAAUGGAUAAAAAAUUGUUAAAAAAACUUUUAAAUUGUAAUUGCACUACCUUUUCUUCUUUAUAACAAUGGCAUCCUAUUGUGAUAUUUACUAAUGACAAAAAUUGAAUUAGUUGCAUACUUUUUCAUUAAUUUUUUUAAUUAUAUAAAAGCCAUUGAAAUUAGAUAUAAAUAGGAGAUAUUUGGCUAAUUUAGUACAAAAAUAAAUGAUUAUUUUAGCCUCUUUUGCCAGCCCUGCUGAAAUGAAUGUUUCAUGAGCAUUUACAUUGUCACAUUAAGUAUUGAAAGCAGUGAUGAAUUUUCCAUAAUUCUGUGUUAAUAGAGCACACAUUAUCCUGAGUUUUGUUAUGAGUAAAAAUAUCGGGGAUAAGUUGUUUGGAACUUAAUAUUUCAUUCACCAUGCACAGCUUGUGAAUGGAAAUAUAGUCAAUUAAUUAUCCAUUUUUGAGAUAACUGAGUACACUUUCAUUAUUAAGCUUUAGCAUAAAAUGAUUAAGUUAAAAUCGGGCCUUCACUUAUAUAUAUAUAUAUAUAUUCUUGAUUCUGAUUUCUUUUUAUCUUUGAGAUGAAUUUUAAAAUUGAGCGAAAUUUUAAGUUCCAAAUGUAGUGCCAUAGUAUUUAUAAUUCCAUAUGAAUUAAUGCUUUGUGAUUUAUUGGUUUACUAAAGAAAGCCAGAUUUUGAUUAUAAAUUGUAUCUGAAAUGCAUUAUUGUACUUUUUAUUGUUCACUGUAUAUUCAUUCAUUUAUUUUUUAUCUGUGACAAAUUUGUGAAAUAUUGCAUAAAGUAUUAUAUACUGUAAAGCAAAAUGUAGCAAAAAUGUGUUUUUAUGGCAAUCAGUGGUAGUAUUAUUUUAUUUGCAAAUUCUGUGUUAAGUCAGCAGGUCAGAUCAUUUGAGGUUAUUUAAGUGAUUGUUUCAAAUUUUUUUUAAAAUUGUUAAUAUGAGUUGUAUAUUUCUAUGGUUAAUUUCUACUUGCAAAUUAAAAUCAAAAUGGAAUAAUUGAAAAAAAGUUCAUCAUACAGAUAAAUUUCUGUUCAAAUUGGAUUAAUCAUUUUGAGGAAAUGUGUCAUAAAUUCUUUAUGCUUAAAUAUGUAUAUUUAGGGCUGCUUGAAGGUUUUGAGGCUAGUUUCGCUGUAUAUAUGUAUAUAUGCAUACAUACAUAUUGUGAAAUUUGCUUAAAAAUUUGACUUGAUAUGCAUUUUGCAUUUAAACUCUCAUAUUUAAAAUUUCAUAGAUAUAAGAAAUUUCUUUUGCAGUCUUGAGGAAAAUUUCAGUAUUCUUUUCAAGUUAUGCUUUUUUGAUAGGUUUUAGAAUUAUCCUUCCUAUAUUAUAUUUAUGUGGAACAUUAGCAAGGCAAUAGUGGGUAAAAAUUAUAUAUAUUGUUUGUUAAAAAUUUAGUUAAUUUGCCUCAAUAUCUAAAGUAAGUAUACCUAAUGAAAUGAUGAAUGUAAUCAUUUCUUUUUAUGAAUUUAUUUAUUUUAUAGUUUUGUAAAUAGUAGGCUCUCUGCAACUGUAUACUUUUCUCUGUUUUAAAAAUAUAGAAGACAAAGGCAUCUUAAAUUAAAACAGGCAAUUUUUCAGUUAAUUUGCAUCAUAUAUUUUAGUUACUAUACCCUUUUACCUGAAAUGUUCAAAAUGGGAAACACUGUUCUUAUAUCAUAGCAAGACCUAGUUAAGUAGGAUUUUGCAGAUAUCUAGCACCUAGGAUAUUGAAAUCUGCAGUGGCAAUAAUAGGCAACCCUGAAUAUAUCUGUCUUGCAGAAAUAUAUAUAAAAAAGUACAAUAGGAUUGUUAUUUUCCCAGUGCAGGAACUUCAUUAUUCUGUGUCUUCUUGUAUAUUAUGAACUAAAUAAGUUUGUGUGCUGUUAAAAAAAGUAAUGUUUUAUGGCACUGUUUAUAAAGCUCUUUAAAUUAUGCUUCUGUUAACCACUCUGGAAACCUGUUAUACACUAAACCCUUCUCUCUAAAGAACAAAAAUGUGUGUGUUUUAUCAACAAAGCUGAUAAUGAGUGCUAAAGUUCAGCCGAAUAAUCCUAGCUAAGUAUUAUUUCAUAAUUCCUUAUGUUUCUAUUACAGUGAUAUUUUGGUUUAAUUUUUAAAUUUCAGGAUUAAAAUUGUAUAUUUAAUUACAUCAAUUUUUAGUGUGUGUAUGUGUGCUGUCAUGAAAGAAGUAUGUGUAGUGGUUAACAAAGGCAAAUAAUUUCACCGGCUUAUCUCCAAACUGAACAGAUUCUCCCUUUUAUAUGUAACCAUAUGUUCUGUACUUGAUUACCCCCAAAAAUUGGUAGUACCAUAAUGUUUAGGCUGCAGAUAGUUAUAGAUUAGAUGUAAUUUAACAAUGAACACAAGUAACAUUAUAAAUGUAUUAUUAAAAAAUAUAUGAUCAUGUGUUAAUGCAUGUGCUUAUUCAUAUAAUUACAUAUGUGCAGCCUACUUACAUGUCUUAAUGCGUGCAGUAUUUCUUUAGCAAUUAUUUAGAAUGUUAAAAUAUAUUUUGAGUAUUAAAAUUUUCAGAAAUACUUGUCAUUGCAAAAUCUUGUUUGCUUUUACCUACCAAAGUAUUCAUGUUAAUUAGAUGAAAAUUAUGCAUGUAAGUCACCGUUCCAUACUGUCUGAUAAAUUCGAAUUUGCAAUAAAAUGUAUAUUUGAAGUAUUUAUUCAGUAUCAGUAUAUGUAGGGGAUUCAGUUGAUACAUAUUUUUAUUAGAAAUAUUUCUUUGAAACUACUUGUUAUUUGUAUUUAAUUUUAUUCCUUGUGUAGUAUUGCAUCUUUGUGAAAAGGUGAAGACUGUAAAAUAUAAGUGACCAGUAAAUCCUCCCAGUAUAUAUUUUUAUGAAAAUAAUACAUUUUAUGGAAAACAGUGUAGAUGUUCUUGCCUCUUGCUUGCUUUGAAAUUACAAUUUUAUGUAGAGAUGUACAGUAAAUCAAGUAACAAGAAUGGCAAUUGACUUUAUCUUUUUUUUUUUUUAAAACAUAUAUUGCAGCAUUCCUUUUUUAUCUAUAUGAGCCUAUUUUCUCUGAGGGUAUAUCAUUUUGCUAGACUAUUAGAAUAAUUUUUAAAAAGUAGAAUUUAUUAUUAAACUUAAUUUCCAUUUGAAUGGUUUAAACUGAUUUUUUUUUUUUUUUUACUAUGUAGUUAUUGUGCUUGCAUUUUUAAAUGAAAUCUCACAAUCAAGGUAAGUUUCAUAAAAUAUGUUUCACAAUCAACCCUUUUCAUAAAAAUGGAUGAAAAAUUACUUAUGAAGGUGUACAACUGGUAGAAAUUUGUCUGAGGGAAAGCUUGAAUCACUUAUUGUAUACAUAAUAUAAUUUCAGCUGAAGCAAUUAAUCAUUGUCAAUUUUAAAAUAUUAGUUUCUUCAUAUUUUGUGAAUUGCUUUAUGCAGAAAGAUCUAUGUAAUUUAAAAAAAGAGUCUGAAGUAACUUUAUAAUCACUGAAUAUUGUAUAUUAAAUUGCAAAAUCUGUUUAUUAUAAGUUUUUUAACACUCUUUCAUUGCCCAAAUACUUAUCAACAAUUAGUAUGUAGGCUUGGUAUAUAACACUGCAAAAAAUAACUCUGUUAUACACAAUAUGUAUAUUUAUAAAAUCAUUAACAUUGAAGGAUGAACAUGAAGCUGUUAUACAUAUAUUUAAUUAGUUUUUACUGUUUUACUGUACAUCAUAUUUCAUGUGUGAAAUUAUAUGAUUGUAGGUUGUGAUUGUAUUAUUUGACUGUCAAUAUUGAAAUUUUAAAUUAUAUUUUAUACACUAAUGUGCUCCCCACUUUUUUUGUGUAGUCUAUGUAUGUACAGUUAUAAAAGGACUGUCUUGUCUGAUCACUUCAGUCUUUUUACGGUAUAUUUGUACAAAAAUGAACUUCACAUUAUAAAUCAAAUUCUUUCUGUCCUGUUUUUCUGUGCUACAAAUUUUCACUUGACUACUGUUUUAUUCAGAUUGUUGUGUGGUAACUGAGGAAAAUUGUCACAAUUGUGAAAGGGAUAAAUAUCAUAUUUUUAUGCCUAGAUGUGCAUCUAUUGCAUAUUUUUGCAAAUUGUCCUCUUCCUGUACAAUACAUUUUUCACUUUUAGAGAUAUUUUAUAUUUUGCUUUUUAAUUUGUUUAUUUAUCUGUGGUUUACUUUUUUGAUAAAUUAUGCUACAGUUUCAUGUCUUAUCAUCUGUAUGGCAAACCUUUAGUUACCAAAUGUUUAACUGCAUGAAGUGUUGGCCUGAAUUUUCUAUCUUCUUUAAUAUGUAGCUUAAAAUUCAUUUUGCUUAGUCAAUGUACUUAGCCAAACCACUGUGAUGUAUCAUAUCUAGUCAGAAAUAAAGUUCUAUCAAAAAUGUUUAA